UUUCAUGGCUGUUGUUCACAGCGAGGAAGAGAUCCUCCCCUGGGUGUAGCUGUGCUCACCAAAGAAUAGACCUUGCGCUUGUUCCAACAAUGGUCUGUGCCUCCAUUCUCUACCUGUCACCCAAUGAAUUGGUAUAAAAGAACGAGGCUGUUCAGCAGCUGAGUGCAGAACAGAACCUAUGCUCCCCCUAUUGCUGACCUGCCUGCUUUUCUCCUCUGUGUUCCUCCGAACGAACCGGCAACUGAACUGAAAAGAAACUUUGGCUCGGUUUGCCUCGCCAUGAGCUCUUCCCACCUCAACAACCGAGCCGAUAGCCAUUUCCAAGCCCGAGAAGAGCACGAGCUGGAAACCCUGGGGAAUAAGGCAUGGGACAACCCCGUUUAUAACGGAUCACCUUCCUCUUCCCUGAAAAUCAGGGCCAUCUACAAUCCCAAAUCCAUCUUGGAGAACCCCUAUGAGAAUAUCGAGAAGCUGACCGACUCCCUGCCCUACCAGAAGGAGAGAGAGAAAGAGGAGAUGAGGGUUGGCAAGAAGAAGCCUUUCUCUGCGUGUUGCUUCUGUAUCUGCAAAGGCAUCCGAGGACUUUGGGGCACCACACUAACGGAAAACACCGCUGAGAACCGAGAGCUUUAUGUAAAGACCACACUGCGUGAACUGUUGGUCUACAUUGUAUUCUUGGUGGAUAUCUGUUUAUUGACUUACGGGAUGACAAGUUCAAAUGCCUAUUACUACACCAAAGUGAUGUCUGAGCUCUUCUUGGAAACUCCUACAGAUAGUGGUAUCUCCUUCCAGGAGAUUGGAAGCAUGGCUGACUUUUGGAGAUAUACUCAAGGCCCUUUAUUGGACAGCUUGUAUUGGACCAAAUGGUACAACAACGAAUCUCUAGGCCACAACACUCAGUCGUACAUCUAUUACGAGAACUUGCUGCUGGGGGUGCCACGAAUGCGUCAACUGAAGGUGCAGAACAACUCGUGUGUGGUGCACGAAGACUUCAAGGAAGACAUUUUUGGCUGUUACGAUGUCUACAGCGAGGAGAAGGAGGACAGGUCCCCCUUUGGGCUCAUCAAUGGAACAGCGUGGCAGUACCACACAGAGGAAGAGCUGGACGGUUCCUCUCACUGGGGCCGACUGACAAGUUACAGCGGAGGAGGUUAUUACAUGGAUCUCAAAAUGACCCGUCGGGAAAGCGCUAGAGCUCUCCGAGUCCUGAAAGAAAACUUGUGGCUGAAUCGGGGAACUCGCGUGGUUUUCAUUGACUUUUCUGUGUACAAUGCCAAUAUCAACCUUUUCUGCGUCCUGAGGUUGGUGAUUGAAUUCCCAGCCACUGGUGGCGCCAUCCCGUCAUGGCAGAUCCGAACAGUAAAGCUCCUCCGCUAUGUCAGCACCUGGGACUUCUUCAUUGUUGCGUGCGAGAUCGUCUUCUGCGUCUUCAUCUUCUACUACGUGGUGGAAGAGAUCUUGGAGCUGCGCAUUCACAGGCUCAAGUACUUCACCAGCAUCUGGAACAUCCUGGACAUUGUUGUCAUAUUGCUUUCUAUUGUAGCCAUCGGAUUCCACAUCUUUCGCACCAUUGAGGUCAACAGGUUGAUGGGACAGCUUCUGAGAAACCCCAGCAUCUAUGCGGACUUUGAAUUCCUGGCUUUUUGGCAGACUCAGUACAAUAACAUGAAUGCUGUGAACUUGUUCUUUGCCUGGAUCAAGAUAUUCAAAUACAUUAGCUUUAACAAAACGAUGACACAGCUCUCCUCCACCUUAGCCCGCUGUGCCAAGGACAUCCUAGGCUUUGCCAUUAUGUUCUUCAUCGUCUUCUUUGCCUACGCCCAGCUGGGAUACCUUCUCUUCGGGACCCAAGUGGAAAACUUCAGCACCUUUGUCAAAUGCAUCUUCACCCAGUUUCGCAUAAUCCUCGGCGACUUUGACUACAAUGCCAUUGACAACGCUAACCGGGUCUUGGGGCCUAUAUAUUUUGUCACCUACGUCUUCUUUGUCUUCUUUGUGCUGUUGAACAUGUUCCUGGCUAUUAUCAACGACACAUAUUCUGAAGUCAAAGAGGAGCUUUCAAACCAAAAGAAUGAACUGCAGCUCACGGACAUCCUGAAACAGGGCUAUAAUAGGACCCUAAUGAAGCUGAAGCUGAAAAAAGAUCGGAUCUCUGACGUGCAAAAAGCUUUGCAGAAAGGGACCAAGGAGCUGGAAUUUGAAGACUUUAAGAACAGCUUGAGAGAGCUUGGCCAUGCUGAGCACGAGAUCACAGCAGCCUUUGCAAAGUUUGAUAAAGAUGGGAACCAAAUUCUGGAUGAGGAGGAGCAGAAGAGAAUGCGGAACGACUUGGAGGAGAAGAGAGUUGCUUUGAAUGCAGAAAUUGAGAAUUUGGGGAAAUCCUUCGGAGACAACAAUUUGGACGGCCCAUUUGCUAUUGCGGAUGCAAAGAACAACCAAGGAAACAAAUCUAGCCUGGUGUCUGAGGAGGAGUUCCAAACACUCCUGAGACGGGUUCUGCAGCUGGAGCAUUCCAUCGGGGGUGUCAUGUCCAAGACGGAAGCCUUGGUGGUUAAGCUGGAGGGGCUGGAGAGAAGCAAAUUCAAAAACAAGGACUCCACGAGCAAGCUUCUCAACAACAUUAGCAAAGAAGAACAAGGAAGUCUGGUUCCUCAGGAUGCCGAGUGGGUCAUCAAGGAAGAAGGUGGAUUGGAGAGGCAGGAGAACGGUGUCCGCGUAACCCCCCUGAGUGGCAGCCGUGCUCUCUACCCCAUCGUGCCCAAGACGGAGCUCCCAGGCUCUCAGACACCCAAGAACACCCCACGGCAAUCUAAUAAAAGCUUCUAACUCGUUUCUGAACAACCCCACUUCGCUAAUAAAACAGCACCACAAUUUCCGCUAUUUUACUACUUUUAGACUAGUCAGGGCUAAAAGAAACAAAAACACCUAUGCGUGAUUUUAAUUGUGCUUUUCAUCCCGUGGUUAAGACUCCCCAUGUCUCGCUCUUUCCAAAACGCAACCGCGAGGGCCUCAGUCCAGAUCAGAGCUGUGGGGUGAGAGAGAGUUGAACCUCUUCUCAUUUUCCUGCUGAAAACUCCCCCACCCCCAAUGUUGGAUUUCUUAAAAUUCAUGCAAUGUUCAAUCGUUAAAAAUUGCAGCAAAUCGGAGCUGGCAAGGAGGGUGAUUUAGAGUGGCUAAAUGACACAGGGGCACAGAAUAACCCUUCUUUUAUUGGGGAAAUCCGUAGCUACUUUUUGUGGCGUGGGAUUCAAAAGUGCAAUUAAAGUCUCUCCUAAUUUCGCCCCCGGAAGAGAAAGAAGACAGUCUUCACAACACAACCAGGCUUAUCUGUUUGGCUCCAUGCGAUGAACUGUAAUGGAGCAGGAUCAAUAUUUCCUCCGGGCAUUGAAGUAGGGGGAGCAGAUUUCAGAUCUGGAUUUAAAAUUUGCCACUGGAUUCUAUAUGUUUCAAAUGGACCCCAAUCCUGCUCAGAUAGACUGAAAGGUCUGAAAGUUGUUGUCGCUUUGCACAAAAAUAUUUUUCAACAUGUAUUUCAAUUCGAUGCAGGAAAAUCAUACCCACACUAUAUAUUAUAAUAAAUAUAAUUGAAUGGUAUGUAUUCCGAGUGCUGUAAAUAAUAAUAAUAAUAAUAAUAAUAAUAAUAAUAAUAAUAAUAUGUGCAACAUGUGCUUAAAAUAAAACAAAUAGGGCAAUUACGAUAGACAAGGAAGAACAUAACGUUUCCAUCUGAGGCAGCAAAUUUCCACCACCUGCAUGCAUGGCUAAAUAGAUACCUGUGUAUUUAUUGCAUAUGGACUGGUUCCAGGCCGGCAGCUUGUUGAGCAUUCCCCCUAAUUUGUUUGCGCAAAAUUUGUGGGGAGCUUAGGCAAGGUUAGCCACUUAUGGAGCUUUCUGAUUUGUUUGCGAGGAAGUUACAAAACCGUGCGUCAGGCCAUUACUAUCCCAUACUUCCCAGUGUGCCCCCUAAAUUUGCCAGCGUGUGACUGAUUGCUAUCCAGAAACAGCAACAAUCUGGAAGUUGGUCUGGUGCAGAUGGAAGCUUCAAAUGGCUUCUUUGUCUAUUGUACACAUGUUCUCCCUGACUGUUCCUUUAAAUAAUGGGGAGGCAAACUAAGGCCCAGGGGCCGGAUAUGGCCCAAUCGCCUUCUGAAUCUGGCCCACGGACGGUCCAGGAAUCAGCGUGUUUUUACAUGAGUAGAAUGUGUGCUUUUAUUUAAAAAGCAUCUCUGGGUUAUUUGCGGGGCAUAGGAAUUCGUUCAUUCCCCCUCCCCCCCAAAAUAAUAUAGUCCGCCCCCCCACAAGGUCUGAGGGACAGUGGACCGCCGGCCCCCUGCUGAAAAAAGUUUGCUGACCCCUGCUUUAAAUAGAGGUUGCAGAUAUUAUAACCUAAAAUUCCAUGUAUCUUUUGUACCUCUCGGUAGAGCCCAAAACCGUAUGCAGAGCCUGGGCCAUUGAACCCAGGGCUGGACUUAUUGCUAUCACUUGCCAAGCCGGUCCAACUCCUCCUUCGCCUCUGUGUGGCCCCUAACACAGAGGGGCCCCCCUGGCCUGGAUCUCCUGUUGGCAGUGUUUUGCUUCUGAAGGCCAGCACCAGCCUUAAAAUACUUCCUUGCAUUGUGUAGUUUUGUUCUCUGCUCAGACCCUGCAAGCGCUCAGCCAUGUGCUAGAUCAUACACACAUCUCAGCACUGCUACUGAUAGAUUAGGCACGAUAACCUGUCAUGUCUUCCCAUCCUUUUGUGUGAUGCGCAAUGAUUGUCACUCCGGGCUAGGGUUGGACUAGAUCCCCUUUGUGCUCCCUCCCAACUCUGCAAAUCUACGAUUCUAUGGCUAUUGCUAUGCAGUGCCGUCACCUGCGCCGUAUUGUCAUUUGUGACUUCUUGUAUUCUUGUAAAAUAAAAUAAAAAGGCGCUUCUGGUUAAAAUAUCUAAUGUAACUCGAAAGGAGUAAAGG